AUGGGGAUAUAUACUUUACUCACCGAUUGGAUUCGUAUAAUUACAAAAUCACCGGUAUUAGAAAAUUUAUCAAAACAUCGAAAAACGAGAUUAUUUUUGGAACUUCUUUUGGUUAACGUGACGAAAAUUGUAUUGCCAGUUUGUGGGGUUUUUGGUGCAGUCCAAAUCAUCCAAGAAUACAAUAAUGAUAAUAAUAGCGUAGGCGAUGAAAGCGGCCAAGUUUUACGUACAAUAUCAAAUUUAGGAUUUUUAAUAUGUUUAUUAUUAUAUAUGGUUUAUGUAACUUAUUUCUCGUUGGUUUAUGUUGGAAGACCUAUUAGUCAGCAACUACAAGUUCUGUUGUUAUACACCAGCGGAGCUUUGCUGUUAAUCGAGUUAGUAUAUAGAACAUUUAUUACCUUUGCUCAGGCUACGGAUUCUAUGAAUAGAUAUGAGUGGAUGAUUUAUGUAUUUGAGGCUAUACCUGAACUAGUAUUAUUGGUUGUUUUGGGUGGUUUUAUUUUGGGUGACUGGUUUUUUAAAGAAGAAGCUUCAGAAAUGAUCGACGGCUCAAAAGCAGAUGUUCCGGAAACUAUUGGUGAGAUUAUAAAAAUGGCUCAAGGUACAAGAAAAAAAACUGCUGUGUAA